AUGGAUAAAAAUGCGAAACGAUGGAAACGCUAUGCAGAGAUGCCUCAAGAAAAGAAGGAUGAACUUUUACGUCGUCAAAGAGAAGCUAGCGCACGUCGUUACACACAAAUGCCACAGGAUAAAAGGGAUGAUCUUUUACGCCGUCGAAGGGAGGCUAAUGCUGGAAAGAAAAAAAAUAUGUCCCCUUCUGCCUCUGAUUGUGUGUCAAAAUUUGCCGCUUCUAAGAGAAAACGUGUAGAUUACACUCAAAACACACCUGAUCAGUUAGAAGAUUCAGCUUCGUAUUUUGUUGUUCAAUCAGAAACUGUGUUAAGCAGUGAUGGAUUACCAUACUUGCUGGGCUCUGCAGUUGCUUCGUUGGGAAAUGAAAAGCAUGCUUCCUCUUCUGUUAUUGCAAAUUCCAUUCCAUCUAAUGGUCAGCAAGGAGGAGAAGUUUCGCUUGUCGCUGCACCGAUGCCUUAUAAUCUUUGCCGUCUCUUUAUCGGUGAUGAUGAAGAAUGUGAACAUUUUUGGAAGAAUGUUCACACAUAUAAUAACAACGUUUCUUUCACUGCUUUUAUUGCAAAAUAUGAUCCAGAACUGACAGAAAAUAAGCACGGUGUUUAUACAUUUCGAGUACAGGGCCAAGUAUAUCACUUUCUUGAUAGUUUGCUAUCACAACGUGAUAAACCAUCUGGUAUUCAGUUAUACUUUUUUGAUACAGAUGAGGAACUUGCAAGGCGACUUGAUGCUUCCACGCGACUACGCGAAGGUACUCUUAAAUUGCUUAUGCGCAUUUUAGCUGGCAAUCCUUAUGCUAAAUUCUUUAAGGAUUUGCGUCAUAUUCCUGCUCUCGAACAACAUAGAAUUGUUCUUAAUUGCAAUCCUGCUCUUGAUCAGCGUAUAUAUAAUCUUCCGUCCGCUUCUCAAGUUGCUGCUAUAUGGACUGAAACUGAUGAUGAAUCAGUUGAUAAGUCAGUCCACAUUGAAAUUUAUAGUCAUUCAAAUAAAAGUCAUAUGAUUAGGCAUUAUUAUGCUUGCUAUGACUCUUUGCAGUAUCCUUUGUUAUUUCCUCGUGGGGAAUCUGGAUGGCACCAUGGAAUUCAAAGGAUUACGUCUAAAAAUAGGAAAAGAGCCUAUCAUGUCUGUGAAGAUGAUAUUGGUAUUGAUCCAGCAUCUAUCAGUACUCCGUCUGAUUUGAUUAAUCUAGAACAAACAGCCGCUGAUCGUGCUAAGAAACAGAAAACUAAUGUUACGGCUAGGGAAUACUACUAUUAUAAGUUUCAAAUGAGAAAUGAUGAUGAUUCCAUGUUGUUACAUAUAGAGACAUCUAGACUUGAUUUUCAUAGAAAGAAACAAAAUACCAUUCGGACUGAAGCUCUUCAAGGAAUAAUGGAUAGUGUUUCUUUAGGCCAACUGUCAGGUUCUAAGGUUGGUCGGCGAAUAUAUUUGCCAGCUUCGUUUGUUGGAGGACUGCGGGAUAUAAGGCGUAGAUAUCUUGAUGCGAUGGCUUUAGUACAAAAAUAUGGAAAGCCUGACAUUUUUUUGACUAUGACAUGCAAUCCAAUGUGGCCAGAAAUUCAGGAAAAUUUAAAGUACAAAGAAAAACCUCAAGACAGGCCAGAUCUUUUAGCUAGAAUGUUUAGGGCAAAGUUUGAAAUGCUGAAAGCAGAGAUUGUUACAAAGAAAAUAUUUGGAGAUGUAGCAGCCUAUGUUUAUUUUAAGCCUCUUAAUCCAGCAGCCUAUGAUAAAAUUGUGUGUGCUGAACUCCCUGAUCGUAAAAAGCAUCCUCAUCUUUAUUCUCUUAUUGUAAGGCAUAUGAUACAUGGCCCUUGUGGAAAAAUGAACAAAGAAAGUCCUUGCAUGAGAAACGGUGUCUGCAGAAAUCAUUAUCCAAAAGGGUAUUCUGACCAUACGACUCAUGGUGAGGAUAGCUAUCCACAUUAUCGCAAGCGAGAUGAUGGCCAAAAAAUUAGAGUCAGGGGUUAUGAUUUGGAUAAUAGGUGGAUCAUCCCAUAUACUCCAUACUUGCUAGCUUUGAUUGACUGUCACAUCAACGUCGAAAUCUGUUCGACUAUAAAUUUAGUUAAGUAUUUAUACAAGUAUAUAUUUAAAGGUCAUGAUAUUGUCAACUUCCACAUUAUAUCUGAUGAAACACCUCAAGAUGUUGAUGAGAUCAAGGAAUUUCAGCAAGGUCGAUCGGUUUCUGCUCCCAAAGCUUUGUGGCGGAUUUAUGCAUUUCGCUUGAAUGAAAUGACCCCUACUGUUUACAUUCUUCAGGUGCAUCUUCCUGAUCACCAAUAUGUUUCUUUUGAUCAAAAUUCUGAUCUUUCACAGCUCUUAAAAAAUAUUGAUUUCUCAAAAACUAUGUUAACUGAGUUUUUUAGAAUGAACCGUGUCAACAAAAAAGCUCAAAAUCUCAAGUGUUUGUAUAGAGAAUUUGCUGAGCACUUUGUUUGGACACCUGGUAAAAGAAAAUGGACAGAAAGAAGUAAGCAAAAGGUUAUAAACAGGUUAGUCAUUGUUAAACCAAGCAAAGGUGAUAAGUAUUAUUUAAGACUUCUUCUCUCACAUGUUCGAGCUCCUACAUCUUUUGAUGACUUGUUGACAAUUAAUGGAUGUAGAAUGAAUUCAUUUAGAGAGGCUGCCUUACAGCUUGGCCUCUUAGAAUCUAAUUCUUAUAUUGAGGAGACACUUGAAGAAGCAGCUGGUUUUCAAAUGCCUUCUUCGCUUAGAUUUUUAUUUGCUACUUUACUUCUACAUUGUGCUCCAACAAAUCCAAGUCUUUUGUGGGAAAAAUUUGAAAUGGAACUUUCGAGAGACUUCGAACGAGCACAGGUACAGGCUCAUCAUUCAACUGCUGAAAUAAGACGAAAAGUCUUGCUUGAUAUUAACAAAUCGCUCCAACAAAUGGGGAGCCAUAUCAGUGAGUACAAGUUAAUUGCGGAUGAUGUUAGUCUUAACUGUCAUAAAAGCAUGACAAAGGAAGUGGACAGUGAAAUGAGUAUUGUGGUGUCACCGGAAGAUUUAUUGAUAGUUUCAAAGUUAAAUGCAGAACAAAAACGUGCUUAUGACUUGAUUUUGGAGACUGUUUUUUCUUCCAAAGAACAAAGCUUUUUCAUUGAUGGUCUGGGGGGCACGGGAAAAACAUUUUUAUAUCGUUCGCUUCUUGCAACACUUAGAUCACAGGGGUACAUUGCAAUAGCUGUAGCAGCUUCAGGAGUUGUAGCAUCAAUUCUUCCUGGAGGAAGAAUUGCUUAG